AUGGAACAACAGAACAAUGCUUCAACUUUGAAUGACAGUGCCGGAGUUUUGCCUAUGGAUACAGAUGCAGCAACCAACGGUGUUCAUGAUCAAGGUAAAAACAAUCGAUCAUCAGCUAAUGUCAAUGCAAAGAGAGGCCGAGGUCGUCCACCGAAGUCUGCAGGUACAAUGAAGGUGAUAAAGAAUGCCAAUGAGGUCAAACGUGGCCGUGGUCGACCAAGCAAAACAACAGGAGAAACGUCAUCAACCAAAAAAGCUGUAUUGACAACAUCAGGAAAAAACGAACAACCGUCAGCAAAUGGUAACGCAAAUAAAAAGAAACGCGGUCGACCAUCGAAGAACGUGGUCGCGCCAACUGAACAAAUCAGUAGCAUCGUUAAACCACAAGUUCGAGCAAAUCCGGUAGAAGUUCCAAAAGAAACAGAUAGUGCAUCUGCACUAGAAAAGAAAAAACGUGGACGACCAUCCGGAUCCUCGCCUAAAAAGGUUGUAAAGCCGGCGAAAUCUCCGAUAUCAACAGAAACUUCAUCGGGCAGAAGACGCGGUCGGCCAUCUGGAUCUGUUUCUGCCAAAAAAUCAGCACUAAAAGCAAAACCACCAGCUAAAUCCGAUAGCAUAGCUAAGAAACGAGGCCGACCAAAAAAAUUAGCCGCAGAAUUGACACCAGUAGCUGUCGCAUCUGCUGCAUCGUCAUCUGCAAAUACGACUAACAACGUUUAA